AUGAAGAAGGUCUUUGGUCAAACUGUCAGGGACAUCAAGAGAGAGGUUAAUAAGAAAGUGCUUAAAGUUCCUUCAAUAGAACAGAAGGUUCUUGAUGCUACCAGCAAUGAACCUUGGGGUCCACAUGGAACGCUACUUGCAGAUAUUGCCCAGGCUUCCAGAAAUUAG